AUGCUGUCUGAGGAAUUCUUCUCCGCGGUCUGCGGCCCUCCUCUCACGAGCAACACAGCCGUGGCCAAGGACGUCGGCAUUUAUGCUCACACAUUACAUCCCACUUAUUCGGUCAAGAACACUUUCAAGAAGAGCGCCACUCCCGCCAACUGCCUUGCCGUGAGCGAGAACCACGUCUUCGCUGCCCAGCAUGAGAAGGCCUACAUUCACGUCUACUCGAGGAUACGGGGCAAUCAAGAAGCUUUCAUCCCUCUGCCCGAGAGGAUACGAUGUUUGACGCUGGCCGGCCAUGUAUUGGUCAUGGGCACCGCAGAGGGCAGGCUCAUGCUGUGGGAGACUGGCACCGGGAGGCUGAUCUCUACACCACCCUGCCACGUCCAGGCCGUCUCCUGCGUCGUGGCGACGCCCUAUCACAUCCUCUCGGGCUCUGAGGACGCCAACGUCCACGUCUGGUCGCUCGCACCCCUGCUCCAGCUCGAGUCCCCGGGCGAAUACGAGCCGGACCGCAGCCUGACCAACCACAGGGCGGCCAUCACCUCCCUCGUCGCCAGCCAGAGCACCGCCCUCGAGAGCAACCUGUGCAUUUCCGCCAGCAGGGACAAGUCCUGCAUCAUCUGGAACUACCAGACCGGCACCGCCCUGCGCACCGUCCUCUUCCCCUCCGUGCCGCUCGCCAUCCUGCUGGACCCGACCACGCGCGCCCUGUGCGUCUCAGCCGAGGACAGCUCCCUGUACCUGGUCGAGCUGCUUGGGGAGAGGCCUCUCCUCGGCUCGCACAGCGGCGAGGUGGGCACGGCCGUAGCGCAGCCACCGUCGCCAUUUGGUGUGGCAGCUCCAGAGCACGGCCCGGCCACGUGUCUCGCCAUGAGCUACGAUGGCACCGUCCUUCUUUCGGGACAUCCGAAGGGCAGGAUCCUUCGGUGGAACCUGGCCGACAACAGCACGCCCGACGAGCUCGCCAACCUCAACGCCGCUGUGACCAACCUGGCCAUCAUGUCGCCCCUGCCUCCCGCCCAGAAGGGCGUCCAGGUCCAGACUGUGGUCAAGCCCACGCAGGCCGGCAAGGAGUACACGCUAAUCGCCCAGCUCGACGCCGAUCUCACGCAGGAAACUGCGUUCAGCUCCAUGAUGAACACGCCAGGCUUCUCCAAUGACGUGCUCCAGAGGGCCAUCUCUUCCCUGCAGCAGCCGGCCGGCGCCCCAUCGACGACCACUGGUGACCAGGAGCUCAAGCGGCAGAACGAAGAGCUGCUGCAGAUUAUCAGCGAACAGCGUGCUCUGUACAAGGACACGCUCAGCAAGCUCGCGGAAGCCAAGGCUGGACGUGGCUGA